ACCGGUGCGGGUCCCGGGGCGGCAGGCGGCGCUGCACCCCUUCGCGCGGCUACCGGGGCCGCUCGGCUCCGCUCGGCCCCGCGCCCGCCGCCCCCGCCCAGCCCAGCCCCGCGCUACCGGCGCCGCCGCCGCCCGGCGAUGCCAGCGGCCCCCGGCCGCAGCGGCCCGCGGACGCGGCGCUGACCUGGCGGAGUGGGCCAUGGGCAGCGGCGGCCCCGGCCCGCACGGACGGCACCGGCAGAUGCACUGAUGUCUUCCCCUUGCAAAGACCUGACCUACCCAAGGUUGGCAGAUGCGCAGGUGUUAGCGUGAAUCCCCAGUAAAAGAAUGAGUGAGAGAGACAUACAAAGCCUGAGCAAAUGGGUUUUCGUGCUCACUCUCUGCCUUACCACACUGUGGGGAAGACUGACGCUGGCCUCCACCCACCACAGAAGCCAUUCAGUGCACGUAGAGCCUGGCACGUGCGAAGUCAUUGCAGCUCACAGGUGCUGCAAUAAGAACAAGAUCGAGGAGCGCUCCCAGACAGUGAAAUGCUCCUGCUUCCCGGGGCAGGUGGCAGGGACAACAAGGGCGGCUCCCUCCUGUGUGGAUGCCUCCAUCGUGCUGCAGAAGUGGUGGUGCCAGAUGGAGCCGUGCCUCGACGGGGAGGAGUGCAAGGUGCUGCCCGACCUCUCGGGCUGGAGCUGCAGUAGCGGCAACAAAGUGAAGACGACCAAGGUCACACGAUAGCCUCCGUGCAACGUGGUGGCUGACCAGCCUUGGCACUGGUCCCCAGUGCUCUGUGGAGCUGUGAGCAGCAGGACAUGGCCCAGGUGGUGCCUGCAGAGCUGGGAUGCUCCGGGACUGCUGUCCUGCAUCUGCUGGUGGGACCAUGGGGUCAGAGCAUCCGCUGAGCCCCAGCUUCCCCAGAAGCUGCAAGUAUGGGACCCCAGUGCAGCUGCAAGACUCCUGUCACUCUGUGGUCUCCUCCUUCCCUAUGGACACACUCACUGACCAAGAAAUGGGCUCAUUUUCCUGUCCUCUUAAAUAAAAUACUCCAGUUGUGUAAGAGCUGUUGACAAUACAGAGACAGACAGAUGGCAGUCCCCCCAAAUGGGCUUUAUUCUGAAAUAGCUGAAAUCUGCUGUGAGUCGCCUUUCCCCAUCUCCCAGGAUGCUGAAUCAAGGUUGCUGUCAGGAACUGGGAAGUCAAUGGUUGUGUGAAACUCUCCCCUGCCUGGCUGCCGGCUCCCGGCCCAGCGGGUUCCCCGGAGCAGGCGCCGAGCUCCGGCCUGAUCUCAGUGGCUGGUGGGCUGCUCUGCGCCUGGGGCAUUGCGUGUCCCCUGCCCCAACACCUGCCUGCUGUGGCCACCUGUGGCGGAUGCGGUGGCAUGGCCGGGGGUGUCUGACACCCCAUCAGCCCCCGGCGAUGGUGAAAUGUCUCCAUGGAGCAUGCUGCUGGUUUCUCCUUCCUUGUUAAUUACAUUAAUCAGGCUGCGAGUUUAAUAUGUUUUCUACCAUGCAAGUCCCAGGCACCAAGCUACUGCUUGUGUUUGCAAUCGAAUUUCAGGAUAACACGCAGGGGAAGCCCUCGUCUGCCUGCGGGUCUGGUGUGCCUGACACCGUGCUGAUGCCCAGCCAGAGAGCCAGACCAUGCAAGGCUUUGUUGCAUUAAUGCAAAAUAAAGAAAAAUGUACCAUCUCCUGGCCCUGAGCUCGUGACCUUCUCCAGGACACACCGUUUCCCCUGGUGGGGCAGCUCGAGGGGGAGAGGACGGGAGCCCCGUGCUCCCGAUGUCAGCCAGGCUGGGGACUCCAGGGCUGCUGUGCUGGCAGCACACGGCCUGAGCAAGCGUAUUGCGGUGGAGAGCGGGGCCAGUGCCUCCCAGGCGCCCCAGCCCUGCUCUGUGACCCACACGGGGGGCCACGCCGGCUCAGGAGGGGCUGGGGCUGGAGCGCACAGCGUGCAGCCCGGGGGAUGCUGGGGUGCAGGCAGCUGCCUGCCUAUGUGCUCCAGCUGCCACUGGUGGGACUCGUUAUUUAGACAUUUUUGUAACAGGGUAUGUAAUACCUGCUCCAGAUGUGAUGUAAAUACCAGACUGUGAAAUAAUAAAUUCAUUUUACUCUCUGCAAAAAAUCUUUUCAUUCAGCAGCAAAGGGAGGCUUUGGGAGCUCUUCUCUUGCUGACCGGAUCCGAGGUGGAGGGGCUGGGGCUCUGCCCUGGCCAUUCCAAUCCCAACCGGCUUGUGCAACGGCGGCCGCUCUCAUUACUCAUGCAACUGUCUAAUUCUCUGGCUCAAUAAAAUCUUUUGGCUGUGA